AUGCGUCAGACAAUGAGGCUUGACGUCGGCCUAGUGACGUGCCUGGCUGCCUUUUCGGGCCUGGCUGAUGCCUUCUGGCGUCUCCCAUGCCGUGGACGAGCUGGUCUGGCCCGGCUCGAUCCCUUGAUGGACCCCGGGAAGGAUUCAUACCAUGUGCAUGCAAUUCACGGACCGGACACCUUCUCCAUGUCGUCUGAUAUGGUCUCCCUGAGGGACAGCAGCUGCACUUCGUGUGCAGUCACCCAGGACAGGUCGGCGUACUGGACUCCCGCACUGUACUUCGUGCACGAAAAUGGUGAUUCUGAACUUGUUCCGCAAGUGGGGGGCAUGCUCGCCUACUACCUCCUUUACGGCGACAACGUGCAGGCAUUCCCCGAAAACUUCAAAAUGGUUGCGGGUGAUACAUACAAGCGCGACUUCAAGUGGCCUAUUCCCGAUCCUCCCACCUCCGAAUGGACUGGCGAACAAGUAUCCCAGGCUGCUCUUAGCCAGAAGGCCAUCGGCUUCAACUGCUUGAACUAUAACAAAGCGGCCGAACCCUCGCUCGGCCGACACUUCCUGCCCAACAAGACUUACCUUGACGAGCACUGUACCGAUGGCGUUCGCUUUGAAAUCAUGUUCCCGUCUUGCUGGAAUGGAAAGGAUGCCGAUUCAGAUGAUCACAAGUCGCAUGUCGCCUACCCUUCCGCGGUGAUGGAUGGAACAUGCCCCAAGGGCUACGAUACUCGCGUUGUUUCCCUUUUCUACGAGACCAUCUGGAAUACUUACGCCUUCAAGGAUAAGAAAGGCACAUUCGUAAUCUCCAACGGCGACCCAACUGGCUUCGGUUACCACGCGGACUUCAUUCAUGGCUGGGAGUCUGGAGUGCUGGAGAAAGCAGUGAAGAGAUGUACCAAUCUAUCGGGCCGCGUUGAAGACUGCGAUGUUUUCGACAUCCAGAGCGAGGCUGAUCAGAGGAAAUGCAAACUCCGCGUUCCGGCCCUUUUGAAGAAUGAAGAUGUUUACUCUCACAAGGGUGGUAUUCCUAACGACGUCGCUAUUGAGUAUGGACCCGCCUAUGCGAGCCCUGUUUCUUAUACCACCGCCACGUCCACUCAAGUUGCUCCUGGAGCUUCUGUGUCAGCUUCCGUGUCAGUGUCUAUCGGGCUAUCCAUUGACUUGCCAGGCCUCGUAGCUGUCGAAACGUCGAUUUCGACCAGCUCUACUACCACCCCAACAUGGACAGCUACCCCAACCACUUCUUAUAUCGAAGGCGAUGUUACUCAGGCCAUAGUUUACGUCGAGCGGGAGGUUACCGUUCUGGUAGACGGUCAAGGCACUCCUCUUGCAACAGAGACAGGCGGCCUGGAAACCGUUUCCACUGUUACGUCAACCGUCCCCAGCGUCAUUUCCACCGUUGUCACUACACCAACCGCACCCCCUGCCAAGCGCGACAGGCAUGCACACCACCACGCUCAUAGACAUCAUCGCCGUGGUCACAACCACUAAACAGGGGUUCUUGCGGCGGUUCAAAUAACUAGCGAUUGGCGGACGUGUGACAAAGCCCAAGGUUCCCCGAUGGGCAUUCUUCAACACGCCCUUCAAUCCAUCAUUCAAGUAUUGGUCUCGUGCUCUUAAGUAUAUACCUCGAUCUGUCGACCCCAGCACGAUCUCUAUGUUUCGCUUCAAAUCUUGCCCCAGGAGACUUCUCUUCUUUCGUUUAUACUUUUU